AUGUGCUUCACUACUACCAUUGUGCUGCUAGCCAUAUUUGUUCUGGUUGUUUACGGGUACUCAAGACUCAAUCGGUCAAAUCAUACUGAAAAAUUACCUGGUAUCAAGCCACAAUGGGUAUUUGGUAACUUAUAUAACACUGGUAUUGUAUCUGGUCGAGUGACACUACCAGAAGCCAUCGCUGAACUGAAAGAAAAAUAUGGUGAUGUCUUUUCAUUUUGGUUCGGACCUUAUUAUUCAAUAGUUCUUUCACGUAUUGACCAUGUUCAACAUGUCUUAGCAGAUAGACAUACCUAUGAUAUAGCUGAGACAACGACUCGUACCUUUGGUAUUCUCUUUCCAAGAGGUCUACUGGCCUUGCGAGGAGAUGAGUGGAAGCGUCAUGCACGAUUCAUUCUUCCUAUGCUCAAACGGGCCAAAGUUUUACCAUAUCUCGACACAAUGAUUGCGUGCACCGAUCGUUUCAUUGAUGAAAAAUUGUCUCGACGAAAUGGAGAGAUUCAUACGGAUUUAGUUGAACAGUCUCAACGACUUUUGCUCGAUAUUAUUGGAUUCAUCGCUUUCGACUAUGAUCUGGAUUCAUUAUCUUCCCAUGACGGUUAUGAUCUUCCACAUGCUUUCAAUGACUUUGUUCGUCUAGGUAAUCAGUUUAUUCUGAAAAAUGGCAUUCCUUUUUGGCUGGGUAAGCUGAUCUUAAGAAUGAGCUCUAAGUAUCAACGAGCAUUACGCACAAUGAAACACUACGUAUUAAAUGUAAUCAAUGAAGAACAAGCAAGACAACAAGAAGAAAAUUCGACGACCAAACCUAAAAAUCUUGUGUCAUCGCUGGUAGCAGCUAUCAAGAAGGAGUCGUCUGAACGAGGCACUUCAUUGACUCCAAAUGAAGUAUUUGACGAGGUAUCUCUCUUGAUAUUAGCUGGCUUUGAGACAACUUCAACAGCACUAUCUUGGUUCAUUUUCUAUAUGUCGAAGUAUCCGGAAGUUCAGGAAAAGAUGAAAGCAGAGCUGAAAGAACACAAUUUAACACCUGAUAUGCCACUCACAAAGGAAAUACUCGACUCAAUGAUGUAUCUAGAUUGUCUAGUGAAGGAAAUCCUUCGCUUUUCACCAAUCGCUCCAGUUGUUCCACGACAAGCUACUUGUGACGACAUUAUAGACGGUAUUGAAGUGAAAAAAGGUGAUAAAAUCGUCCUUGCCAUUCAGAACUUGCAUCGAGAUCCUCGCUAUUGGAAAAUCGAUCCGUCAAAAUUUAUUCCAGAACGUUUUCUUCAUGAAGACAAACAUCCACCUCAUUGCGCCUACAUGCCUUUUGGUGGUGGUCAUCGUGCAUGUGCUGGUCAAGAUUUAGCUUUACUCGAGUUGAAGGUACUGAUUGCAAGGUUGAUGCAACGUGUAACGUUCAUUGAUCCAGGCAACGAAGCAAAUAAUUCUGGUGGUAUGAUUCAACGCAUUACUUGCUACCCGAAGCAUGUGGCUGUGCGAGUUCAUCUCGAUUAG